AUGCCUUUAAUGGGUCCAGGGGAGGACGUCGAUCUGUCGACUCUACCUCUUUCAUUCCUUGAGUCAUACCCAUUCCCGGCCUUCGUCUUGGUCGUACCCACCAACUCCAGGACACGACCCAAGCUGAUCUCUCGAGAUACGGAUAUAACCGUAAGAAAGUAUCAUGCUGACCCGUAUGACGAUGUCUCUCCUCUCGGUGGACCUUCGCGUCAACCUUUCCCGUCUGACCCUGUCACAUGGGGAAAUGAGAAGUGGUAUCAACUCACUCAAGGUAGAUCGAUUGGAGAUUGCAUAGAUAUGAAUGCUCAGAAUAAAAUGCAAGCUUGGAUCGAAGGUGAAGGCGAAUCCUCGGAAGAGUCAUCAUUACCACCUUCAUCACCUCAGAUAGACAAAAGUGCUUCAACAAGAGAAUCAGGAUUAGAAGGUGGAUUUGUACUUGAUAUCAAGUGGCCCAAACCUUGUUCAUUGUUAUUAGCCAAAACAGUCUUACCGCUCUCGCCUGCCUCAACGACACAUACAUUCUGCGUAAUCACCUCCCAACACAUAUAUUCGAGUUCCAUAUUCCCACAGACUACCUCUUCAUCACCUCGCCCAUCUUGGUCGAACCUGACCUCACCUACGGAAAGACCAUCGAACCCAAGUUUGAGAUCAUCAAUCUCCACCCAAUUCAGAGAUGCAGCAGAAUCAACAUCACAACAGCAACAACAUAGGAUGUCGGAUGUUUCAGAAGCUAGAUCAUCUUCGUUCGCUUCCACUGCUGAUACUAGGUCCUCGUCUGCCUCUCUACAUCGCGAUUCGUCUUCAACAGGAUUUAGGACUUCCAUUGAUGUCGGCUCGUCAGCUUCGCAGAUCGGUUCACCCUCCACUACACCCGGAUCCACUUUCAAUGCGAAGCCCGCUACGUCAUAUUUCAGUAAUUCACUAUCGGGCACGACUCCUUCAUCCACAUCGAGGGAGAAAGACGGGGACGAAAGGGUUAAAUCUAGACCAAGUCUAAGGAAAAAUUCCCCACGCGGAACGAGAGUACCGAUACCUUCGUCUUCUUCAACCAAGUCGAGACCGAAUGAUAAUCAGAUAGAACAGUUUUGGCAAUUGGUAGAAAAUAUAGAUUGGUCCAAAACACCUUUAGGUGAUAGAGCGUUGUGGAAAGACGCGAUAGAUCCAGUAUUGUCGAUCACAUUCGAAUCGAGAUCUUCAGAUUGUGUUUGGCUGGGACCGGACCUUCGAUUGAUAUAUAACAAAGGAUACAGCCUCUUGUUGGAUCAUCCCAAAGCCUUUGGCUCCCCCGCAAAGGAAGUUUGGGCACCUAUCUGGCACACGAUUGAGCCUUAUGUGAAGCAGUGUCUGGCUGGGACACCAGUGUACAAAGAUGACGAUCCGAUAUUCUGGAAAAGAUACGGAAACAACACAUUACUGGAGCACUACCAUUCUUGGAGAUAUGUCCCUAUUGUGGGUAAAGACGGUUCGAUCGUAGGUAUUUUCAACCAGUCUAUGGAAGUGACCGAGAAAGUCCUCCAAGAUAGACGCUUGGCCUCCUCAAGGGAUCUAUCAGAACGGAUAUUGAUUGUUAGAUCAAUGGAAGAAUAUUUCGGUGCUAUUACAGAAGUCUUAGAAGAAUAUCCUAAAGACGCCCCCUUUUUCAUGUGUUAUAAAAUCCAACAGGUGGAAAACAACGCUUCUCACGUCCAAGUCGAUGCUACCCUUGAAGCCUCUGUGGGAGUACCUGAAACUCAUCCUUCGGCUCAACAGAAAUACUCAUUCACCUUACCGCCUACAAGGACAAGAGCGAAUUUUGGACCCAAUGUCGAUAGGAUAUCUUCGCCUACACUAUCGGCUAUCUCGGCCCUGUCAUCAGGUAGUGGAAGAGUCUGUCAUGUCACUUCGGACGGUCAUCAAUGGCCCAUCCUCAAGGCACUCCAUACACGUCAAUGUGUGAUUGUUGAUGAUUGUAGGGAACUCAUCGAAGGAUACUCAAUCAGACAAUGGGAUGAAUUGCCCUUCGCUGCUAUAGUCAUCCCCAUAUGUAGUGAUGGAUCGAUAGAUAUCCCCGAUGCGGUGAUAAUCAUGGGAUUGAACGUUAGAAGACCUUUUGAUGCCGGGUACGACGGAUGGGUGAAUUCAAUCCGAGCUCAGCUGGUCCAGUCCAUGUCGACUGUGAAGGCUGCGGAAGCGGAACAAAGGAUGGAAGAGGAUAAUACCAGAAUGGAAAGGGCCAAAACGGCUUGGUUUAGGGGGGCUGCUCACGAUCUACGCAGUCCGCUGACACUCAUCGCUGGACCCCUCUCGGAUCUGUUAGAUGACAAUCCCACGCCCAAACAGCGUCUGGCGAUUACCACUGCUCAACGUAAUAUCGACCGACUCAUGCGACUUAUCAACGCCCUCAUGGACUUCUCUCGUCUCGAAGCGGGUCGAAUGGAAGGUAGAUUCUUACCUACGGAUUUAGGCGAGUUCACCACUGGACUUGCCGGGCUAUUCAGACCAGCCGUGGAAAGAUUGGGAAUUCAAUAUACGAUCGACGUCGAACCUCGUGAUCAGCUGACAUAUGUCGAUCCGACCCUGUUCGAAACUGUCUUAUCCAACAUCAUUGGUAAUGCUCUCAAAUAUACCGAGAAGGGAAGUAUCACCGUCCAAAUCAGAUAUACAGACUAUGCCGAAGUCUCAGUUAUAGAUACCGGUGUGGGUAUACCUGAAGAUGAAAUACCGUUGGUCACCGAAUGGUAUCACAGAGCCACCAAUGCCAUUCAUGCUGGUACUCAAGGGUCGGGAUUAGGGUUAGCUUUGGCUAAAGAACUAUUACGACUUCACGAUGGUGAUCUGAUUGUCACAUCCAAAGUCGCUGCUUCACCUGGUGAUACUCAUGGAUCAAUAUUUACCGCUCGAAUCCCCUUAUCAUUCAAACCUUCACCCCCUACUUCUUCCGCUUCGCCAGGUAUGUUUGGUAAAUACGGUACGGCAGUGGCGAACGAAGCGAUGCGCUGGACGAAAGAAGAUGCUGAAUCGUCAAGUGAAGGAGCCGCGACAGAUUCUGCCAUUGGAUCAGCCUCGAAAUUCUCUGAAGGGUUCCUGUUCGAUAGGACCGAUACUAUACUACUGGUGGAGGAUAAUGUCGACAUGAGAAGAUAUAUCAAACAAAUCUUCUCCCCGUUCUGUACGAUCAUCGAAGCGAACAACGGUCGAGAAGCUCUCGAAAUGGCGAUCUCCAAUCCACCCAACUUGAUCUUAUCGGAUAUGUUGAUGCCUCAAAUGAAUGGGCUAGAUUUACUUCAAGAAAUCCGAAAUCAUCCGAAUACCAGGAUUACACCUAUGGUCUUAUUGUCUGCUGUUGCAGGGGACGAGUCUCGAGUCGAAGCUUUGAUGAUGGGAGCGGAAGACUAUCUGGCUAAACCAUUUAAACCUAAAGAACUGGUCGCGAGAGUCCACCUACACCUGCAAGUAGGCAAGAAACGUGCUCAUUUAGAAAAACUUUUCAACGAGAGAGAAACUGAGAUCGCUGUUCUAUCGGAUUACUGUCCUUCGGGAAUCAUGAGAGCGGACGGGACCAAUGGGAUGAUCACCUAUGCAAAUAGGGCAUGGAGGGAACAGAGCGAUUUGUUAUUGGAUGAUCCCAACAAAUGGCCCGAGUAUGUGGAUGAUGAGACUAGAGAGAGGCUACAGACGGUUUGGGGUGACUACCUCAAAGGAUCGGAGAAAGAAUUAAGGGUGAAUUGGAAGUAUAAUACUGGAAAAGUGAUUUCUGGUAUUUUCAUCAAGCUUGAUAGGGUCAACCCAAACAUGUCCGGUAUACUUGGUUGUACCACUGACAUAACUCAUGAGGAACAACGAUUGGCAGAAGCUGAACAGAGAAGACAAGAAGCAGAAGAGAGUAAACAUCAACAAGAGUUGCUGAUCGAUCUGACAAGUCAUGAGAUUAGAACACCCGUUUCUGCAAUACUGCAGUGUUCGAGCUUGGUGAAGGAGAAUUUGAUUUCGUUGAAAGAUCAAUUGAGAGGAUCGGGCAGUAUUGGGUUCUGUCCGACAAAGGAGUUGUUAGAUGAUUUGGAAGAGGAUGUGGAAGCGUUAGAGAGCAUCUAUCAAUGUGGUCUAGUUCAAGAACGAAUCGCGGGCGAUGUCCUUUCUCUGGCCCGAAUCCAACUUGACAUGUUGAGCUUGUACGAUAUCGAAGUGGAUCUCCGGAAAGAAGCAAGAAAAGUAUCGUCUGUCUUUGCGAGUGAAGCCAAGACGAAGAGAAUCGAUCUGCAACUUCAAUUUGGAGAAACGCUAGAGAUGGGCAAAAUCAUGUCGAUCAAGACGGAUCCUGUCAGAUUGGGUCAGGUUGUCACGAAUCUGAUCUCGAACGCUAUUAGGUUUACUUCUGCUGGUGAUGUACGAAGAAUCACCGUCAAAUAUGAUAUAUCCUUCAACCCACCUGCCGAGGAUACUUGCGCCCUUCCACAUUCCAUUGGCAUACCUUCUUACCUACCUGCGGAAGAGGAUACUCCGCUUUGGCUGUUUGUCAGUGUCACUGAUACAGGUCCAGGAAUGAGUCCUAAGGAAUUGGCCGUGCUGUUCAAGCGAUUUGCCCAGGGAAACAAGAUGAUUCACACCAAAUACGGAGGAAGUGGUCUAGGUCUAUUCAUCUGUCGCAAGAUCACGGAACUUCUUGGUGGGCGAAUCGAAGUACUAAGUCAAUUGGGUGAAGGAAGUGUCUUCCGAUUCUUCAUCAAGACCCGGACUGUCACUCCUUCAUCUGCAUUAGCGGCAUAUGUCGAAGCUGCUAACUUGGGCGCACUUCGUUCACCUGCAAACCCAUCGUUCACCCGGUCAAGCCCUUCGCCAUCGAUUAUAUCUGGUGGAACCGGGUCGUCGAGUAUGUCUACCUCACCGUCACUGGAGAGUACCUUCGCGGAACAUGUCUUAAUCGUCGAGGACAAUAUCAUCAAUCAGACGGUAUUGAAAAGGCAGAUUGUCAAAGCUGGAUUGACUUGCGACGUCGCAAACAACGGUCAAGAAGCUCUCAACCUGAUCCGAGAAGCCCACAGACAAUCCAGACGAAGCAAUAAUGACAAUUUCACCACUACCAAUACUCAACGUAAAAAACCAUAUGACGUGGUGUUGAUGGAUUUGGAGAUGCCUGUGAUGGACGGUCUGACGGCUAUCAAAGAACUGAGAGAAGCAGAAAGUGCAGGUAGUCUUAACAGAAACAUGGUGAUUGCCCUUACGGGAAAUGCCAGACAGGGUCAAAUCGAUCAGGCCCUAGCGGCCGGGAUGGAUGAUGUCGUCAUCAAACCAUACGUACUGAAGAAUCUAUUAACGAAAAUCAAAGCGAUGACAGCCAAGCGAGAAGAACUUGAGAGAGUCUCUAGAGAAGAAUAA